GUGUUAUUUUAGCUUUCAUAUAAUAAAAAAAAUACUGGUUUCUGGAACAGAAUAUUAAAUUCAACCAAUAAAAAUAGAUUUUUUUAAACUAAAAUCUUAUAUUUUUGAACAGCAUGUUCAUGUUCUGUCCCUUUAAUUCCCUCAUUUCCCAUUUUGCAUGAAUUACUGCAUCGGUGCAGCGUGACAUGGAGGCAAUCGCAAGAAAUGCAACAGUUUUAGCCCAUUUAUUGAAAACAUCUUUGUUGUAACUCCUGAAUCCCUGGCUCCAGUUGCUAUUGAACAGAUUUUGCUUCAAUUUUUCCUUCCGCUGAAUUUUCCUGACAAACUUUUUGCAGUGAUCUUCUGUGCGUUUUUGUUCUCUCAAGUCAGUCGUUUUCCAUACACCUUUGUAGGAUCAAAACACUGCCUGUGUGUGUUUCUCCACCGUACUUUUUCCUUUCACUAAACUUUCCAUGAAUAUAUUUUAAUAACGCACUUUGUAAAAAGUCUGACUCUUUAGUGGCUUGCUUUGCUUGAGGAGGAUAUCAAUGACAGUAAGCAGUCUUCCUCGUUAUUUCUCUUUUAAAAUCAUUUUUAAUAUGCUAUUUCUAUUUUUUGAAAAAACUGUAUAUAUAGCUAUAUAUAUUAUUUUUUCCAGUAGUUUUAAGUGUUUAGCAUCAAAAGUAACUGUAUCCCACUGGAUGUAAUGAUUGCAAACAGUUCAGUCUUUGAAUUUAAUCAUUGAAAUACAUUUUGGAUUGUCUCAUUUUUGGAUAUGAACAUUUAAAAGCAAGCUUGAUGGAACUCCUCCCUAUAUUAACUUUUCCAACAUCAACAGCCCUUUAUUGUCCCCAUGGGACGGCCCUCUUUUAAAACGUCCUGGAUGCGCCCCUGUCUUGUGCUUAACAUGUCCUCAAAGCUUUCUUCAUGGAACGGUCUCUCUAAGUAAUGUAUUCAUGCGCAUUCAGAGGAGAGAAACUGUUGUUUUAAGGAUUUUGACGCUCAGGUGCCGCUUUGCCUCCUCAUCCUCGCCGCUGGGACCCAGCCGGACUCCCUGAUUGGCCGGUGCGCCGCGGUGAUGUCACCGCCUGCCUAGCUGUCCCAGUCCGGUGAGGCAUCAGGCGCAGAUCCGCGCGGGAGCUCCAGAUGGAGUUGACGCGCGAUGGGAUAAGAGCUGCGGGUCUUCUGAUGAACUCGAACCGUGUGAGCUCAGAGUGCAGCUGCAGCCCGUCAUGGGGGACGGCGGCGCGUCUUCGCCGGUGAACCUCCACAACGGCACCGGGAGCGAGGCGUCCGACGCGUCGGGCUCCGCUGCGGCCGCGUCCGAGCACUGGCUGGCCGGGAUGAGCCUGGUGAUGGGUCUGAUCGUCCUGUCCAUCGUGUUCGGGAACAUCCUGGUGAUCGUGGCUAUAGCCAAGACGCAGCGGCUGCAGACGCUCACCAACGUGUUCAUCGUGUCGCUUGCGAGCGCGGACCUCAUCAUGGGGCUUCUGGUUGUGCCAUUUGGCGCGGCGCUGGAGGUGCGCGGCUCCUGGAUGUACGGCUCGUUCUUCUGCGAGUUCUGGAUCUCCGUGGACGUGCUCUGCGUCACCGCCAGCAUAGAGACUCUGUGCGUAAUCGCCAUCGACAGGUAUGUGGCCAUCACCUCACCUUUCCGCUACCAGAGCUUGUUAACCAAAGCCCGCGCCAGGGCGAUGGUGUGCGUGGUGUGGGGCAUCUCCGGGCUGGUCUCCUUCCUCCCCAUCCUCAUGCACUGGUCCCGCGACAGCGUGGACACCGCCUGCUACAAUGACCCCCACUGCUGCGACUUUGUGACCAACAGGGCUUACGCCAUCUCCUCAUCCAUCAUUUCCUUCUACAUUCCGCUCCUGGUCAUGAUUUUUGUUUACGCGCGGGUGUACAGAGAGGCCAAAAAGCAGCUGAGGAAGAUCGACAAGUGCGAGGGCAGGUUCCACAACACCCUAACCGGACUGACCUCCAAGUGCAAGAAGAGGCCGUCGAAGAUCCUGGCGCUCAGAGAGCAGAAGGCGCUCAAGACUCUGGGCAUCAUCAUGGGGACGUUCACCUUGUGCUGGCUGCCCUUCUUCAUCGUCAAUGUGGUGCGGGUGUUCUGCGCUGAGAUGGUGGACAAGAACCUAUUUGUGUUCCUGAACUGGUUAGGCUACGUGAACUCCGCCUUUAACCCGAUCAUCUACUGCCGGAGUCCGGACUUCAGGAAGGCCUUCAAGAGGCUGCUGUGCUGCCCGAGGCAGGCGGACCGCCGGCUGCACAUCAGCUCCUGCGACCUGUCGCGGUGCUCCGGCGGCUUUGUUUCCGCUCUGGAGCCCGGUACGCUGGAGAUGUGGUCGGACUGCGCCGCCCUGGACAACAGCGACACCAGCUUGAUGAGGACUGGGAAACUGCCUCACUCUGAGUCCCAGAUGUGAAGGAAAAUAUUGAAAUUAACUUAUUGUUAUUGCUUAAAAAAAAAAAAC